ACUGCGCGACGUUUGCAGUGCUGUAACUGCGCAAGUCUUUUACAGUGUUGUAAACAUACCGACUACAGACUUGCAGAGAUUGCUAUGAAUUGUUCAGUUCAUUGGUACAUUCGUGUAAACUCGGCAUGACUCUUACGAUAUAUCUUUUAACAAGGCGUAAUAAAUAGCAACGUAAUACCGUUAAAUCGCGAUACUGGUAUCUCAACAAUGGCAUCAGAAGACGAAAUUAACGUUCUGGUCAUGGUGAUAGAUGUCAACCCUAUUUGGUGGGGCCAGCAAACACAAAGGGAUCCUAAGUUCACCCUCUCAAAAUGUUUGGAUGCUUUGAUGGUUCUGGCAAAUUCCCACUUGAUUAUGGCAAGAUCCAACAAAUUAGGCAUCAUUGCAAACCUCUAUCAAGAGAGCCACUUCUUAUAUCCCAGUAAGAAGUGGAAAUCUGGGGAGGUGUUAUCUGCUAAUGGUGAUGGCAAAUAUGAGCUUCUGUCAUUUGCCAAUGAUCUCUUAGCAGAAGAGCUCAGAAAUCUCUUGGACAGAACAGAGGUCAGCAGCAAUCAAACAGACACCUUAUUGGCCGGAUCACUCUCCAGAGCUCUGUGCUAUAUCCAUCGAGUCUCUAAGGAAGUGGAAGCUGGGCAGGAUGUGAAAUCAAGGAUCUUGGUUAUAAAAGCAGCUGAGGACUGUACAUUACAGUACAUGAACUUCAUGAAUGUGAUCUUUGCAGCACAGAAGAAGAAUAUCCUGAUUGAUGCCUGUGUGUUGGACACUGACUCAGGACUUUUGCAACAGGCUUGUGACAUAACUGGAGGCUUGUAUCUUAGAAUUCCACAGAAAAUUGCUCUGACUCAGUAUUUGUUGUGGGUGUUCUUACCAGAUGCAGACCAACGCUCUCAAUUGUUAUUGCCGCCUCCAGUACAUGUAGACUACAGAGCUGCUUGCUUCUGCCACCGGAACCUUAUUGAAAUAGGCUAUGUCUGUUCAGUGUGCCUAUCAAUAUUCUGUAACUUUAGUCCAAUCUGCACAACAUGCGAGACUGCCUUUAAAAUGCCACUGCCUCAGAUGGCUAAAACAAAGAAGAAGAAACUUAAAACUGUGAACUGACCCAAUCUACCCACAUACUGGUUACCUCACAAAUCUGUGUUUGUAAAUGCAAGGUUCCCCCAUGAGUAUUUUGUUGAAUAGCAUAUCUUACCACAUAUUUUGUGCUUUGAGUGGGAGGAACAGGUCAAAAAGAAUUUGAUAUGUUUAUUUGAACAGUAUGUUUUGAUAAUGUUGCCUACAUAUUAAAAAAAGAACCUGUUUUAAAAAAAUCAA